CAUCAAAACAGAUUUUUGAUUGAAAUAUUUCAAUCUGCGAGGUAUAAACUGCAGUAAUCAUAAGUAUUGUAAUUCUGUAAAGUUUGGAGGAUUUUAGUGGAAGGGUAUGCAAUUUGCAGUUGUAAUUCAAUUAACCAGUUAGUAAAUGAAGCAGAUAUAGAACUACUGAACCAGACACCUCUGCGUCUGGUGUUGUCUGAGAGGUGUGCAAGGCUGGAAACGCAGACAGAAAAACAAUUGCUUUUACAGAAAUUCUGAAAGGCCAAAGCAAGAGGCGCCUGCAAAGGCACUGACUGAUGCACCAAAGAUUUUGUCAACUGGAAGGCAUAUUCGUAGCACGUGGCUGGUGCGCAGAAGGGGAAUCCUUCUUUCUCUUCUUUCUUUUACAGAAGCUUUGCCUUUCUAUCAGAAAGAAAGGAGGAUUAUUCUCUCAGUUUCAGCAUCUCAUAUCCUCUAUGCGCAGCAGCCAGCAGUGGAGGGUUGAAAACCUAGUGUAGUCGCUUUUUUACAGCAAAAGGAAGCGGGAGACAUGGAUUAUGACCUCAAGAACGAACAAAGCUAUCGGGAGCUGGAAUCUGGGCUUCUUUUUAUUCCACUUAAUUAUUACAUCAUUAAAUAUUUUCCAUUUUAUUUUAGGUUUUGUAUUUUGAUUUAGGGUUUCAAAUCCAGAAUCACCUGGACUUGCAUAAAUUCAAAUACCAUGGAUUCCGAGUCUCUUUCGUACCGUCAUUCUACGGAAGACAACCCCCUACUGGUCUUUCUCUGUAACUACUACUCGCUUUCUCUGUUGUUUCUCUCAGUCGAUAAUCUACUCAGAUAUUUUCAUGGGGAGAACGACGCCUUGGAAGUACCAGUGCAGGCACCAAAGCGUCCGCAUACGCUUCCAACUGCUGGGAUUGAGGUGAUGAGGGGUCUCUCCAUGCAUGAUUUCUUAUCCAAACUGGAACCUUUUCUGAGAAGUGUGGUACGGGAAGAGGUGGAACGGGGAAUGCUGCUUUAUAUGCAAUCAUCUCCGAAGCCUUCACUUAAUCAGCUUGAAGAAUCUGGAUCAAGAGGCUGGCAGUUGCAUUUCAUCAACAGGUUGCCUGGUACACUUUUCACGGGCAGCCGGAUAGAAGCAGAGAAUGGUGAACCACUUAAGAUAGUAAUUGUUGAUGCUAGUUCUAAGAGUAUAACCACAUAUGGCCCUCUAUCUUCAAUCAAGAUAGAGAUUCUUGUCCUCGAUGGUGAUUUUGGUGCUGAUGAAGAAGAAGAUUGGACUGAGAAGGAAUUUGAUAAUAGUGUAAUCCGUGAAAGAGAGGGGAAAAGGCCAUUAGUGACAGGAGAUCUGGUAAUUACAAUGAAGGAUGGGGUUGGCCUUCUUGGUGAAAUUGCCUUUACAGAUAACUCCAGCUGGAUACGAAGUCGAAAAUUCAGAUUAGGAGCUAGAGCUGUGCAAAGCACUUGUGGUGAAGAAAGAAUUAGGGAAGCAAGAAGUGGAGCUUUUAUUGUAAAAGAUCACCGUGGAGAGUUGUACAAAAAACAUCAUCCUCCAAGCUUCAAUGAUGAAGUCUGGCGUUUAGAGAGGAUAGGGAAAGAUGGUGCAUUUCACACCCGGCUUGCUUCUAAGGGAGUCAAAACGGUGCAGGAUUUCCUCCGGUUGUAUGUCAUUGACCAGUCCUUGUUGCGCAGUAUCCUUGGCAGUGGGAUGUCAAACAAGACCUGGGAGACCAUUGUGCAACAUGCUACAGCAUGUAUUUUGGAUGAUAAAUUUUAUACAUACUACAGUGCUAAUCAGAAGGUUGAGCUAUUUUUUAAUUCUAUCUAUGAGGUUAUUGGUGCAACAUUUGAAGGCCAUUACCAUUCUCUAGCUAACCUCAACACAUCACAGAUGAUUUUGGUGGAGGGUUUGAAGCGACAAGCAUACAGGAAUGUCAAUGACAUAGUUGAGAUGAAGGAAACACCAGCUGAUGGUCCUAUGAGGCCUCUGCCCCUGCUGCAAGUUGGGGCCAUUCAAGGAUCGAGUUUGGAUGUCCAGCAUCCUGACCUCCCAUUUUCACUUCAAGAACUUGCUGCAGAUCAAAUGGUAAAACAGUCUGGGUUCAAUAAUCUACCUAAUCCAGCAACAUUCAUUCAGGAAGAUCAUGGCCAGUCAAAAGGAGUUGGUGAUAUGCAGGAGUGUCAUCCAACACAAUUGUUCACUCCAAUUGAAAGGAAUGAUCUGAGCACGACAGAUAUUUCCACUGGACCAUAUAGAAGUGACAUGAGUGACUGGGCGACAGGUGGAUCGUCUGGGCCUGUUAUGCCGGGGGGGCACUUAGUAGGGGAAGGCAAUCCUAAAUUUCAGUUUCAGAAUUGGUUUCCACUUCCUGCAACAUGGGAUCAAGGGAAUGGGUUGUUUCUUGGCUCAGGUGAUGAAACGGGCAUCAGUUUUCUUUCAUCUCUACCUGAUUUAAGUGUUCAUGUUUCUAGGAGUUGCAAACCCAACAUGGGGUGGUUUAAGCUUAGGGCUGCAGUUAAGUGGGGAAUAUCAGUGAGGCGAGACUUAGCUGCUAAAAGGAGGGCAAGGCUUUUGCAACUUGGUUACUAAGCGUAGCAGUAACCAAUGUUUCUACAAUUUAAGGACAGAACCUGUAAAUUCGUUCAUCUAGUUUAGAAGAAAUGGUUUGUUUUGUUUUGCUUUGUUUUUUUGAGUGGCCCUUCCACUGUUGUACCAAAUGCAAACUCUUUAUAAAGUGUAAAUAGUUGAUGAGUCACUGAAAGAGUGAAAGUUUCAUUUUCCUUUGGUAUCCAUAGUUUCAGGUGCAAAGUAUCUUGUGCUGUGUGCUUCUGAACUCCGUGUAUUGGAGUCGGUUUAUUCCGCCUGUGGAUUUCUGAUUUGACAUUAAAUAAAUGAGAGGUUGAUUGUCUA